GGAUUACUUUUUUAUUCUCGUUAGUAACUUCCCGACUUGGCUUGAUUGCCCGACGCUCUCGAAAACAUGGUUCUAAAACUAUACGCUGCAAUCGGCAGUCCAGCCGUCAGAGGAACCCUUCUCACGAUUGAAGCGUUAGGCCUCAAAAAUGUCGAAAUCGUCCCUGUCGACCUUUUUGCCGGUGAGCAUCUCAAACCAGAGUUCGUCGCCAAAAACCCGUUGCACACCGUACCAACCUUGGAAGACGGAAACUUUAUUCUGUGGGAUAGCCACGCCAUCAACGCGUAUUUGGUCAACCAAUACGGCAAAAAUGACGCGCUGUACCCCAAAGAUGGCCAGAAGAGAGCGAAAGUUGACUCUCUGAAUCACUUUGACAACGGAUACUUGUUUGCCAGAGUAGCAAAGAUCAUUGGCUCACUUUUCAACCCGGACCAAAAAACCAUUAUCAAAGAGCAGGCGGACGCUUUGGUAGAAGCGUACGGCUUUCUGGAAGCCAUCUUGGCCAACAAACCUUUCGUCGCCGGUGAUCAGCUGACUAUCGCGGACUUGAGUCUGUUAGCGACGGCCACAACGGCCGACGCUCUGAUCCCCAUCGACGCCCAAAAGUACCCGAAAAUAACCGCCUGGAUUAAGAAACUGAAGGCAUUACCGUACUACAAGAAAGCGAAUGAGGAAGGUUUGCAAGGAAUCGCCGGUUUCAUUAAGAGCAAACUUGGUUGGUCGAGAAAAAAAUAUGCCAGGUACUUAAGUUCACGGCUCGCGUGUUGUAAAGUAUCGCUUAAAAUGGUGCUGAAGUUAUACUCCGCCGCUGCUAGCCCUGCCGUCAGGGGCACAUUGUUGACGAUCGAAGCCCUUGGACUAACAAACGUGGAAAUUGUACCCAUUAAUUUAAUGACGGGAGACCAUUUGAAACCUGAAUUUUUGGAGAAAAAUCCAGUGCAUUCUAUACCGACUUUGGAAGACGACGGUUUCAUAGUGUGGGACAGUCACGCCAUUAACGCUUACCUCGCAAGCAAAUACGGAAAAGACGAUUCCCUGUACCCGAAAGAUCUGCAAAUACGAGCCUCUGUAGAUGCCUUGAAUCAGUUCGACAACGGAUACUUGUUCGCUAGAUUCGCCAAAAUCAUACGCGCACUUUUCGCGGGUGCUUCGGGCAUAGCCAAAGAAGACGCCGAUUCGCUUGUUGAAGCCUACGGUUUCCUAGAAGCCAUUCUAAACAAACGUGAAUAUGUUGCCGGAAAACAGCUAACAAUCGCCGACCUCAGCAUCCUGGCCACAACCACCACCGCCGUAGCGGCAGUACCACUCGACGAAAACAAAUUUCCCAAAGUAUCUGCUUGGCUUAACCGUUUAAAGCAAUUGCCAUACUAUAAGAAAGCAAACGAAGAAGGUUUACAGCAGAUCGCCGGAUUCCUCAAGAGUAAACUGUCUUCGUAGUAAUAAUAAUUAAAAUCACUAUAUAAA